AGCGGGUCUUAUCGUCUCCGUCUGCAUCAAGAACUCGUCUGUAGUUGGUAGCAACUUUCUAGACAAAUUAUCCACAACAAGAUCAUGGCAUCGUUCGAGGUGCAGAGCUGCCGGGACAAGCCGGAGCUGAACGGCGUGUACAAGUACCAUUCCCAGUUCCACGAGAAGGGGGCCUACAAGUCCGACCGCGGGUACUACAUGUACUUCUGGGACCCGAUCAUCGCCAACGAACAGCACUUCAACAACCGCGGCUGGUGGAUCGCGCAGAAGAUCGGGGGCAACACUUACAGCGCGUUCAACCCCGCGGUCGGGCAAAACCACGCCGCGCAGCCCCCGAAGGCGGGCUGGAAGGUCGGGAACAACUGCGACGCCUUCGAAUGCGUGAAGAAGACCCAGGCAGUGUGCGCCGGCGGAGGUGGCGGCGGCGCGGACAUGUGUACGGUAUAACGAUUGAAUUUGCAGCCGCAUCCGGGGCACUCCGGUGAAUUAGAUAGAAGUUUUCCAUCUUUGUUGUCGACAGUUGUUUCACACAAUGAAACUCCUCGUGGCGGAGUUUCGAAUCCGGAUCGAUAAUUAUGUGCAUGUUGCUUCAUUUCAGGUGAAAAACUCCAAGGACGCUGCUGCCGACGGGACCUACAAGUUUCACUCCACCCACCACGGGUGUCCGGCGUACACCAACGGGUCGUAGUACCUGUACUACUACGAGAAGGCUGGCGAGCCCAAUUACACCGGGUGGUGGAUCGCCACGCAGAUCGACGGCGCCAAGUUUUUGACCAACCAGCUGCAGUCGAAAGGCCAAUCCAUUCCCCCGAGUUCCGGGUGGAGGGACUCGCCCAGCAUGACGGUGAGCAAGAAGUCCGGGUCGAAAGGCAGCUCCGCCGGCGUGACGGCGCCGGGAAUUUCCCCGUCCACCUACAUCCCGCCGCCCGUCGACUGGGUGCCCGGCCCGCGGUUGCGCUCGUACGACGACGAGGCCUGGGACUACAUGACGCAGGGCAAGGGGAUCGGGGACAAAGCCCGCGGUUUUAUCUCCCAGCAGAUGACCGACAACGGCAAGAGCUUCAGCUUCAUGGGGGAAACCAUGGCGAUUGA